AUGAUUCCCAGCAACAAGUCUCGCACAUUCCCAUUUGAGAGUCGCAAGAACAAUGCAGCCAUUGCGCUGAACCCGGAUUCUAAUGGGCUGGUUAGUGUGGACGAAGAUGGACGUGCACUACCUGUCAACUUCCGGAGACGCAUCGUUCUUCACCACUCCCGCUUCCACAAGCCCGUCAAGUCGAUCAAUUCUCUCCAGAUGAGAAGUUCAUCGCACUUCCACACCAAGACGUUCUCCGGUCAUCGUGACAUCGUGGUCAACACGUACUUCUUCGCCAAUGGAAAGAUCGUACGUCUUACUUAUUACUCCUUGAAAGCAAAGCCUCCAGAGGAGAUGAACUCGGACGACAGCCUCAAUUUUAUAACGUCCUCAUCAGCGCUCGACGACUCGAUUGCACAUAAAUGCUGGCGCGUACGCAAGCGCAACUACUUCAAGCAGCCCGGGACACGCAUCGUCUGCAGCACGUUCCAUCGUCCCUCGAACCUGAGACAGAAUUGA